UGUCUUACCAAUGACGUUUGUUCAUUUAUCACAACGUGUAAAUUACACAUCAUGGCUUCCCUGAAAGAAAUUGUGAUUAUGUACCAAAGUUUGAAACGCGAAUGGGACAAAAAGCCAACAAAUUUAGACAGAUGUGGGGAAUUACUAUCAAAAUUAAAAAUUGCAUUAACACAAGUUUCAUUCCUUCCAACAGAUGAUUCUUCACCUUCAAAGCAGGAGCUUCUUGUAGCAAGAGAUAUACUUGAAGUUGGUGCUCAGUGGGCAAUUGCCAAGAAGGAUAUACCAGCAUUUGAAAGGUUCAUGGCACAACUUAAAUGUUACUAUAUGGAUUACAAAGAUAAUUUACCGGAGUCAACAUAUAAAUAUCAGUUACUAGGAUUGAAUCUCCUAUGUUUGUUGUCACAGAACAGACUGGCUGAGUUUCAUACUGAGUUGGAAUUGUUGCCUGUGAAAGAGUUACAGAAUAAUAUAUACAUCAAACACCCUGUCUCCAUGGAACAAUACCUGAUGGAGGGUAGUUAUAACAAGGUAUUUCUAGCUCGUGGUAAUGUUCCAGCAGAGAACUACAAUUUCUUUAUUGACAUAUUGCUUAACACUAUCAGAAAUGAGAUUGCCGGCUGUAUAGAGAAAGCCUAUGAGAAGAUAGCAUUGAAUGAAGCUGCUAGAAUGUUGUUCUAUGACUCUGUUAAAAUGAUGAAAGAGUAUGCCACACAGAGAAAAUGGGAAGUGAAGCAAGAUGGAUUCUUUUACUUUGAACAAGAAGAGAAAGAGACUGAUGAAGUGAUUCCAGCCAUGGAUUUAGCCCAGCAAACAAUAGAAUAUGCUAGAGAGCUAGAAAUGAUUGUAUAGUUAUAUAUAUCCCAGUAUAUAACUUGUGUGGUGAUACUGUAUUGUGAUCUAAGACGGAAACAAACUUACAUGUUUAUAUAUAUAUAUUUAAGAUUGAUCAAGUUAGUGAAAAAAACCCAACCCAGAAACAUUUGGUUCAGUCAGUCUCAAAGAAGUCCUGAUAUAAGUAAAAUUGUGAACAUGCUGUAGAAAUAAUUUAUUAGUGUUAUGAAGUAUUGUUAAAUCUUUUGACGAAAAUCUUCUGAAAUUUGACAACAAAAAUCUAUGGAAAUGAUUAAAUAAUUUACUGGUAGACGUACAUUAAGCAUCAGAAAAGUGCUGCAACAUACUGUAUAAUUUUUUGUCUCUGUCAAAUAGAAUUCCUCCUACAGUAAAAUCUUUGAACAAAGGUCACGCAAGAGAUAGACAAAUAAUGGACUUUAUAAUUAAGUGGUCUUUAUUUGGUGUUUAUUUAUUUCAUUUUAUCAAAAAAGGUUAUCUAAAAGUGGCCUUAUUAAUUUGUAAGGUUAUCUUUAAUCAGAGGUGAUCUAUGACACAGGUUUGGCUGUAGAUGGGAAACAUUUUGACUUUAAUAUAUGUACCAUUUUAUUAUCUUUCAUAAAAUCAUUGAUUUUCAUGAUAAAUGCAUUUAAAUAUAAACAGAA